AUGGCUACAGCUAUUUUAGUGGAUCUGUUUCAUCUUAGCUGCCCCACGUACGGAGCGUGUGUGGUGGAGCACACGAAAAGGGUGUCCGCUCUCAUCGAUAAUGACGCGAACGGGCCUGUUUACCUUAUUCUUUGUCAACCUCGAGAGGUAACGUCGGAUACACGGAACCUGGAGCAGCAUUUCAGUCGAAAGAAACAAACCCAAGUUCUCAAACAUGAAUGCAUAGCAGCUUCAUUAUAUACAUUUAAACAAGCUGUGGACGAAUCGGGCAUAACCGAAGUUGAGGUCAUAACUUCUGCUCAGCGGAGAACGAUUAUUCAGAUGUACCUGGAUCUUCUCUUCACUGCCAUCUACAAGUUCGAGUUUAAAGUGGUGUUGGACCACUUGGAUUGCUCUUUCGAUAGCCCCACGAUGACCCGCGUGCAGUUCACAGACGUCAAAGAUGAAGUCAGCAAUUUUCUGCAGCACCUUCCAGCGGUGCGCGGAGAAAUCACAAUUCUCGGGUCAUCUUUAAUCUCGGACUGUUUUUCGCAUGGGUUCACUACCCGAUCAGGGGGCAUCUCCUACAUCAGCACCCUGAGCUCCCUCAACCUCUUCAGCAGCUCCAGACGCAGAGACCCCAAGGCAGUGGUGGCUGAAAACCUCCGUCGCCUUGGGCUUAAGGCCGGAUUCCAGCCUCACCAGUUCCACCUUAUAAAGACCAAUCAUGCCAGUGACGUGUGGGUGAUGGGUAAGACACCACCUGAGAGCUAUGAUGGGAUUGUCACCAACCAAGCAGGUGUUGUCAUAGCAGCACCAGGGGCUGAUUGCAUGCCACUGCUCUUUAGUGACCCUGUGGCAAAGGUCAUAGGAGUGGCACAUGCAGGCUGGAAAGGCACGCUCAUGGGGGUUGCCAUGACAACAGCGAAUGCUAUGGUCUCGGAGUUUGGCAGUAAACUUGAGGACAUCGUCGUCGUGAUUGGCCCCUCGGUCGGCCCCUGCUGUUUCACUCUGGAGAGGAAUUCGGCUAAAGAGUUUCAUUCCAUACACCCAGACUGCGUCAGGGACAUAGAAUCACCCAUGCCUUAUGUCGAUAUCAGACUUGCCACUAGAAUUCUCCUUCAGAGGGGCGGGCUCCUUCCCGAGCAUAUUCAGGACGACACGGUGACGGACAGGCCAAAUGUCACCCUCUGUACCUCUUGCCACCCAGAGUCUUUUUUCUCCCAUGUGCGAGAUGGCAUCAACUUUGGCACACAGAUAGGGUUCCUGUGGAUUAAAGAAUCCAGCGACAUUCAACAAAUAGACAGUUAA